AACCCAACCAUGGACUACGUUGCGUAUUCUACCAGGUUCCAGGUCCCGCCCCUCGAGCCACCGUCUGUUUCCUCAGCUCAACGCACUCACGCUCAAAGCAUCGUGACGGUCUGAUCGUGGCCCUUCGACGCGCUUCGUCCCUCUCUCGGCCCUCACCCCGUCCAGCCCCUCCGCGACGACCAAGUACCGAGUCUCACUUCUACUUACGUCUUUCUCCGAGACAAUCGACACCACCCGCCGUCUCGGCGUCGCUGUCAAACACCCCGCUCAGUCGAGUUGCAACUUUCGUACCACCAGCCAGCACCACUGCACGUCGGACUUGUCGCAAAGCGCUUUGCUUAGUUACGGAGCGCCUCGUCUCCCCGCCGUAUCAUCCGAAGCCGCCGACAGCAUCAUCCCGAGCGCUUCCGACCGAAUCAAACAAUGUGUGGCAUUGUCGGGCUAAUCCUUGCCGACACCGACUCGCCCGGCGUCGAGGCGGCCGUUGACUUGCACGAGAGCCUUUACUAUCUCCAGCACCGAGGUCAGGAUGCUUGCGGCAUCACGACUUGUGGGUCUGGCGGCAGAAUAUACCAGUGCAAGGGCAACGGCAUGGUAGCAAAGGUCUUUGCGGAUGGCAAGCGUUGUGCCGAUUUGCCCGGAUACAUGGGCAUCGCCCACCUCCGUUACCCUACCGCGGGAACGAGCUCGGUAUGUUACCUCCACGAGUUGGGAGUACCGGCAUCACUGAGUCACCUUCCAAGUUGGAACUGGAACUUUGACUGCUGUCUUCGCGAUGCGUAACACAGACACUGACUGUCACAAAGAGCGCCGAGUCUCAGCCAUUCUAUGUCAACUCGCCUUACGGCAUCUGCUUCUCCCACAACGGCAAUAUCACAAACGCCCCGGAGCUGCGCCGUUACCUCGAUCAAGAGGCCCACCGUCAUGUGAAUACCGAUUCAGACAGUGAGCUGAUGCUCAACGUCUUUGCCAACGCGCUCAACGACACUGGCAAGGCGCGAGUGAACGUCGACGACAUCUUCAAGGCCUUGUCGCGUACAUAUGAGAAGUGCGAGGGCGCUUGGGCCAUCACGGCUAUGAUUGCCGGCUUUGGUAUCUUUGCAUUCCGGGAUUCAUACGGCAUCCGUCCGCUCAUUAUGGGCAGCCGACCCUCCACCACCGUCGAAGGUGGCACCGACUAUAUGCUGGCGUCUGAGAGCAUCGCACUCCGACAGCUGGGCUUCAAGAAUAUGCGCGAUAUCCUCCCCGGUGAGGCCGUCUUCAUUCAAAAAGGAGGCAAGCCACAAUUUCAUCAGGUUGCGGAGAGGCAGGCCUACUCGCCUGACAUCUUCGAGUACGUUUACUUCGCAAGGCCGGACACAGUCAUGGAUGGCAUCUCUAUCCACCAGAGCCGACAGAUUAUGGGUGUCAAGUUGGCCCAGAAGCUCAAGGAUACGCUGGGAGAGGACGGCAUCAAGGAAAUCGACGUGAUCAUCCCCGUCCCGGAGACAAGUAACACUGCCGCCGCCAUCGUCUCAGAACAACUCGGCAAACCGUUUUCCAACGGAUUUGUCAAGAACAGAUACGUAUAUCGAACAUUCAUCCUGCCGGGGCAAAAGGCUCGCGAAAAGGGUGUGCGCAGGAAACUGAGCGCCAUGGACUCCGAGUUCCAGGGCCGCGUGGUUUGUCUUGUAGACGACUCCAUCGUCCGUGGCACGACCAGCCGGGAGAUUGUCAGCAUGGCGCGGGAAGCUGGAGCACGAAAAGUCAUUUUCGCCAGCUGCGCCCCGCCUAUCACGCAUCCUCACAUUCAUGGCAUCGACUUGGCCAGCCCACAGGAGCUCAUCGCACAUGAGAAGACGAGGCACGACAUUGCGAGACACAUCAAGGCGGACGACGUCAUCUAUCAGGACCUGGAGGACCUGAAAGCUGCGUGCGCGGAAGCCUCACCGCAAAGUCAGAUCAAGGACUUUGAGGUGGGUGUCUUCUGCGGCAAGUACAAGACGUUGGUUCCGGACGGCUACUUCGACCACCUGAACCAGAUUCGGGGCAAGAAGUCCAAGACUGUCGUUGAGGCAGCGCAUCAGCCGGCCAUUGCUGGCAACAGCGGGCCGGUCGGAUCGGCCGCCGACGGCUCGCCGACAGUUGUCAAUGGGAACGGUGGCAUGACGACCCCCGUCACUGUCAGAAUGGAGCCCCGUAGCCCCGAGCACCGUGAAGACGUUGGGCUCCACAACCUGGCGAUGGACCCUGAAACUCGAUAGUAGGCAAUGGACGGAAACGGGUUGGCAACGACCGAAAGGACGUAGUAGUACCAAGCGGGGGUGUCAGUCACAGAUGUAUGAGGGCGUGGUGUGUCACACGUUUGUUUGCACACCACAGGGGCGAGGCAGAGUACUGGAUUGAUGUUUUAGACCACGAACCAAGCAUGUCAAGUCAAGUUAUGAG